AUGCACCAUGUGGUACUGACGCCUCCCUCCCUGGCUGUCUACCGACUCUGGAUUCACCCUCUACGAUCAUAUCCGGGCCCUCGCUGGUGGGCCAUCUGGCGGGUGCCCUACAUCCACAGCAACAUCCGAGGCAGCCUUGUCCGCGAUCUCCAGCGACUACACGAACAAUUCGGUCCCGUCGUCCGAAUCGCGCCCAAUGAGCUAUCGUUCAUCACCCCCGAGGCGGCGACUCCUAUCUACACGAGCAAUCCCGAGUUUCCCAAGGAUCCGAUGCAUCUGCCGCCGUUCCACAAUGGAACCCCAGGCAUCCUGGCCGCCGACCAUACCCACCACCGCCGUUAUCGACGGCUGUUGGCCUUUUCAUUUUCCGACAAAGGUUUACGGCAGCAGCGCGGUCUUAUCGAACGCAGCGUUGACCUGCUAAUUACGCGCUUCCAUGAGAACUGUGGCCAGGGCCCUCUGGACCUCACGCUAUGGUUCAACUGGGCCACCUUCGACAUUAUCGGCGACCUCGCCUUUGGAGACUCGUUCGGCUGCCUUGACAACGUCCAGACACAUCCAUGGAUUGCAUCCAUUCAGGGCAAUGUCAAGUUGAUCCCCAUUCUGAAUGGCCUUCGUCGCUACCGACUGGAUAGUCUUUUGCGACUUCUAGGAUCUCGCAAGCUGCUAGAACAGCGACGCCGGAACGCACAGUUCACGACCGACCAGGUCGACCGUCGCCUUCAAAACUCUAGUACGCCGCGAGGAGAUAUUUGGGAUGCCGUACUGGCCCAGAAGCCCGACGCGGAAGCGCCCAUGACGCGGGAAGAAAUGAUCAGUAAUGCCAGUGCCAUUGUGCUGGCAGGUAGCGAGACGUCGGCCACCCUGCUCAGUGGGUGCGUUUGGCUGUUGCUAAAGAGCCCGGGGCAUCUGCACCAGCUCACCUCUCACAUACGAUCGCAGUUCACUCACGCAUCGGAGAUUGACUCCCAGAGUGUCUCGCGUGUGGAGGGAUUGCAGGCAGUCCUGGAGGAAUCGCUGCGUCUGUAUCCACCGGUACCCAUGCAAAGUAACCGCAUCGUGCCGCCGACGGGGGCUCAUAUCGCAGGAGGAUGGGUACCCGGGGGGACAUCAGUCGGUCUACAACAGUUUGUCGCCUGCCGGUCAUCCAUGAACUUCCAUCGUCCCAACGAGUUCCUGCCUGAGCGUUGGCAAGGCCAGGGCGAAUUUGCCUAUGAUCGCCGCGAGGCAUCGCAACCGUUCAGCAUCGGACCGCGGAAUUGCAUUGGGCGACAGCUAGCCUACGUGGAAAUGCGGUUGAUCCUAGUCAAGCUUCUCUGGCAUUUCGACUUACGGUUAGACACUACGCGUAUGAAGGAUACCGACUGGUUGGCAGAGCAGGGCAUUUGGAUUCUGUGGGACAAGAAACCGUUGUGGGUUACGCUGGAACCUCGCAACAAGUAG